GGCUUCUGUUGAGCCAAGCGCCGUCGCCCUCUCUCCUCCCUCCUCCGGCAUCCAAGCGCACGAACGUCCCGGAGCGGCCUCCCCUCGUCGAUUCCUCCCUCUCUGCCGCGAUGAACAGCCUGCCAAAGGCCCUCCGGACCUUCUCCUCCGAGUCGGCGGCCUGGCACGUCGGUAAAAAGAUCGGCCUCGUCGGCAAAGAGCCGACCACACCCGUCACUCUGCAACAUCUGAUCAAGCUCGGCCAGGCAAAGGACAAGCUCGCCUCCGCGCAGUUUCUGUAUGAGGAGCUGCCCAGGCGUCUGGCCCGUCGGGUCAUGGCGAUCCAGAAACUGCCAUUCAUCGUCGGCGUGAAUCCCUACAUCAAGAGCAUCUACAACCUCUAUAGUCACUCGUUCGAGACCCUGCAAAAGAUUCCCAAGCCCGUCGAUGAGCCCACUCUGAACGUGUACUCGGAGCAGCUGCGAGAGCUUGUGGAUUCGCAUCAGGACGUCAUCCCGAACCUCGCCAAAGGUUUCUUGGAGUGCGGCAAGUACAUGGACAAGCAGAGCGUCACCGAAUUCCUGGAUGGCAUGAUCAAGGCUCGCAUCGGCAUUCGAGUGCUUGCCGAGCACCACUUGGCCAUGACCGAAACCCACCAUAACUGGGUCGGCGUCAUCGACACAAAGCUGUCGCCAUCGAUCCUCAUCCGCUCGGUGGCCCACCGGGUCUCCGACAUUUGCGAGAUCAACUACGGAACCGCACCCGAGGUCGAGCUCAAGGGACACACCUCCACGACUUUCAGCUACCUCCACGUUCAUCUCGAGUACAUUCUGAUGGAGCUCCUCAAGAACUCGAUGAGGGCGACGGUUGAGCACUCCAUGAAGCUCCGCCGUCGGGAGCAGCCGCCGGUCGAGAUCACGAUCUGCGAAGGCAAGGACGACAUUCACAUCCGCAUCCGCGACCAGGGCGGCGGCAUCUCGUCGGAAGAUCUGCCCAAGGUGUUUGAUUACAGUUUCACGACCGUUCCAAAGAUCAACGAGGACGAAGGCAUCUUUGAGACGCAGGCCAGACUCGCGAUGCAGUCGGGCGUUGGCGGGCCCAUAGCCGGCCUGGGCUUUGGUCUGCCCAUGUCCAGGAUCUAUGCCAAGUACUUUGGCGGAUGCCUCGAGCUGAUACCGGUCGCUGGCCAUGGCUGCGAUGUGUUUCUGACGCUGCCAAACAUCAGCGGAGCCGCCAGCGCCCAGAAUGUGAAAAUCUAGUCAUGGGCAAUCCGUUCACAAUAUAGAGCAUCGCAUGUCUGCCCCCCC